GAGUAGGGUGGUGUUGGUGGUGUCGUGGCCCUGUGAACAUGACAUCGUCCGUGGAGACAGUGGAGGAUGUGGUUGAUGACACCGCGGAUGCGCCGGUGGAUCCGGCCACUUCUCGGGAAAUACUCGUCCAGGAGAAUGAAAGAAGCGAAGUGGAUGCUCAAUGGGCCGCCAUCGCUCCUCGGGUUCGCUCGACGUACCUGUGGUUCAAGGCACUCCGCCGCAUUCAGGACUCUUGGUCGACCCAGCCACCUGGCGGUCCGUGCCAUGGCGUGCAGCCGCUGGGCACCGUGUCGCUGUCGGUGAGCAACCGGGACGGCUGCCGUGCGCCCAUGUCCAUCGUGGGCUGCAAUGGCUCGUCCAGCGUGCAGCCGGCCGACCAGGAGCUGCUGCAGUUCCCCGACGGACAGACCGCCAAACUGUGGCGCACUGGGAACCCGAACGCCAACUCGGUCAUUAUCUCGGUGUCGCCGGCACGAUCAGAGUCCAACGGAUCCUUCCAUGACAGCACCAGCACUGCUGUAGCGGUACCAACGCCGGCCGGCUUCAGGUCAGUUGCGGGCUCCUUCGAUGACGGCGCCGACAACAACAACAUUGCCGAUGGGACCACUGCGCCGCCGUGCGAUGGGGGACCACCCGGUCCCGGAGCAGGCGGAAAUGGCCGCGCCGAUGGCGGUACCGGCGGAGGCAUGCAACAGCACUUCAAGAAAGGCUUCCGGUUCGGCGGAUUCACCUUCCCUCGGCUGACCAACAGCUUCCGCGACGACCGGCUGGAGCUCGCCUACCAGCGUUACUCGCACCGACAACGCCGGCGAGCUCUCCUCAUAGUCAACCUCAUCGACGUGUUCCUCAAGCUCGCCCUUCUUGUGGCCUUCUUCGCCUCCGGAUGGGGCGACGACCCGGAAAUGACCCAAUGCGCCCUGCUGCGCUACCUGCCGUGGGUGCUCGUCAAUGUACUCCUCAGCAUGCUCACAUGUUGGAGGUUUUUCGCCAACAACUAUCUGCACUGGGGCGCCGCUCUCAUCUGGAUUGCCCUCAACGCUCAAGGCAACGGCAACUUCGGCGUCACGUCUGGAGAGCUGCGCUUCGAGCCCGGCGGCGAUGUGUCUGGCGAUACGGUGUGGCACGUGAUGUUCACCGUGUUCGUGACCUAUGCCAUGCUGCCGCUGCCGCUCAAGUGGUGCAUCGUGUGCGGCGUGCUGGCGUCGGUCGUCAACCUCGUCGUCAGCAGCGUCUACCGCGCAGAGCUCGACCAGCCAGUCUUCGAGCGCAUGAUAUUGACCAAUUCCUGUUUGUAUCUGUGCAUCAACUUCGUCAGCAUGUACACAAAGUAUUUGACGGAUAGAGCUCAACGCAAUGCCUUCUUGGAAACGAGGCGAUCCAUCGAGACUCGCUACCGCACAGAGAAAGAGAUCAAAAAGCAGGAGAGCUUGUUGCUGUCCUUGCUUCCUCGCUUCGUGGCGCAAGAGAUCAUCAAGGACAUAUCGAACGAAGAAGACCACAGGAAGUUCUUCACUUCUCAGUUUCACAAGAUCUAUAUCCAUUGCUACGACAACGUGAGCAUCCUUUUUGCCGACAUUCAAGGGUUCACAGCUCUGGCGUCAAGGUGUUCGGCCCAAGAACUGGUCAAAGUCCUCAAUGAUCUGUUCGCUCGCUUCGACCGACUUGCGAACGAGAACCACUGCCUGCGGAUUAAGCUGCUCGGCGACUGCUACUACUGCGUCAGCGGCCUUCCGCACGCUCGUCCAGACCAUGCCCACUGCUGCGUCGAGAUGGGAUUGCACAUGAUACAAGUAAUCAAAUUUGUUCGCCAGACGACGUGCGUAGACCUGAAUAUGAGGAUUGGAAUCCACACGGGGUCGGUGUUGUGUGGUGUGCUGGGGCUCCACAAAUGGCAGUUUGACGUUUGGUCUAAUGACGUAACCUUGGCCAACCACAUGGAGUCCGGAGGCAUUGCAGGUCGCGUUCACGUCUCACAAGCCACGCUGAACGCCUUGGGAGACUCGUACGCCGUGGAACCCGGAUACGGGGAGACAAGGGACGCCUACCUGAGGCAACACAACGUGCAGACCUUCCUGAUCAAACGCACGGAACCGUCCACUUUCAAGAAGGGUUACAAGCGGCGGAAGCGGCGGAGCAAUCCUGAGGACCGCCAGAGCACUGUCAGCCUGCCGAUGAGCAACGGAGCCAAUGGCGGCGCAGCGACCGGCGAGCACCGCUCGAGCGCCAGCACCAACAGCACCGUGGGCACCGGAGACGACGAUGUCGCGGCGGACUGGACGCCCGAGAUACCUUUCAAGAACCUGGAGUCUCUCGUCGCCUUCGCUGACGACGAGACCUUGGAGGAUGGCGAGGCAACGCUCCCACCGGGCACCGAACCAGCGACCUGCGACAUCGAGCGGCGCCCGUCCAGGCAGGACUCACGCGGUUCCUCGGUUCGCAGGAGUCAGAAGUGGCACGAGCAGUCCGGGGGUCAGCAUCAGCCCGCCGUGACGCUGUCGUCGACGGUGAGCGAGGACGUGGACGAGAUCAUCGACCACGAGAUCGAAGUGGAGAGCAACAAGAAGAUGUGCAGGGAGAAUGUCAACCUCUUCACGCUCUCAUUCAAGUGCAACCUCACGGAAAACCAGUUUCAACAACAUCAAGUUCACGACACCGUGUUUCGUUCGAACAUGACUUGUGCCUUCAUCACAUGGAUCUUCAUAAUCAUUUGCCAAGCAGUUAUGCUUCCAAAGUCGUUAUUCAUGACCGUGUCGUAUUCUGUAGUGUCCAGCCUUCUGGCUAUUGUUCUUGUGGCUGCAGUAGGAAGCGAGUGUCGCUGGUCUCCAAGCAACCUUGUGAAGGUUUCGAAACUUUUGGAAGAGCAGUGCUUCUGGAGGAACAUUGUUAUUUGUUCUACAAUCCUGGUCAUGUACAUAGCUUCCACUGGCACCAUGUUUGUCUGUGACCGCCAGCCCAGCAACUCAACGGAUCAAUGUCGCCAUGAGCCUUCGGAAAGUUCUUUGUGCUGCUAUCCUCAGUACUACGUAUUUUCAUGGAUGUUGUACAUGGUUGCCUGUUCUGCCUUCAUCAAACUCAACUAUCUUAUAAAGGUCGCUAUGCUUACCGCCAUGGCGGUGACGGACAUACUGCUCGUGAAGGUGUUCUUUCCCGACGUAUUCAGAAGGUCUCACAAGGGAUACAACGUCAUUGUUUCAGUGGAGGACCGUAUGCCUAUCCUGAUUGCCGUAUUUUUCUACAUUGUUGUCUAUCACUGCAGACUGACUGAAGUCACAUCAAGACUGGACUUCCUGUGGAAGCGCCAAGCACAGUCUAACCUACAGAGCAUGCGUGAAAUUUGCAGCUACAACACGCAACUGCUGCGCAACGUUCUUCCUGACCAUGUGGCAACAUAUUUUCUUACUCACGACAGGAAAAACGAGGAGCUCUAUGCACAGUCCUACGUCUGUUGCGGCGUGUUGUUUGCCUCCAUACCAAACUUUGCAAAUUUUUAUUCGGAAGACAUCAACAACGGCGUCGAAUGCAUCAGGCUACUGAACGAAAUAAUAUUCGACUUUGACCAGCUGCUUGAUGACGAAAGGUUUCAAUGUCUGGAGAAGAUCAAGACAAUCAGCAGCACCUACAUGGCGGCUUCUGGACUGAAUCCUAAAGACCAGAACCUUGCAUCAUGGGUCCACCUAACAGCGCUAGUGGACUUCGCAAUUUCGAUGAAAGAAGCACUUGAAGAUGUCAAUAAGCAUUCCUUCAACAACUUCAAGCUGCGCGUAGGUAUCAGCCAUGGUCCACUAGUGGGUGGUGUGAUCGGUGCCCGCAAGCCCGUGUACGACAUUUGGGGCAACACCGUGAACGAGGCCAGCCGGAUGGACUCUACGGGAGCCCUGGACCACAUCCAGGUGCCGCGGGCCACGGCGCAGCUGCUCGAAGACCACGGCUACAGCGUCCAGUGCCGGGGCCUCGUCCAAGUCAAGGGCAAGGGCACCAUGGAGACGUACUUCGUGCUGGGCAAGAAGAUUGCCCGUGCACGAUCCAUGAACAGGAAUCCCAGCACGAGAAGCACGCUGGCCGCUUUCGUCUAUGGGCUCGUGCAGGCCCGAAAGAAGCAGGCCCUGGGUUCCAGCCUGAGCGUGCCCAGUCCACGGCAGAGGGCGUCUCCGAAUGCGGGAUCCUUCAUGCGAAAGCAGAAGCUGCAUCGUAUGCUAUCCGAGACGCCCAACUCGGACCGCAAGCGUAACAGACUACGGGAGAGGAGGAUGACCGAGACAGCUGGCAGCAGCCAGUCCUUUCCGGACAUGCGCAGUGCCGACCGGGACGAGACGUUCAACUCGCCGUGAAGUGCUGUGUGCGUGAACGCGAGUGCGUGUCAGCCGCAGUGCUUGUGAGUUCCAGUGCGCGCUUGUGUGCGAGUUCAUGGUGCACACCCGUGCACGCAGGUGCACCGAGCCACCGGUGUGUUUUCCAAACAAUUGUGGAUUUACCUAACGCGCCGAAGGCCAUCGUGAGACUCGACGAAAUGGAUCCUGAAUUUGCUGCGUCUUACGAGAGGAAUACGUCUCUGAAGUCAUCGCAGCCACAAAAGGUGUACGGAUCACACCGAAGUGUCUGCUUUCCAGACCAUUGGUCGCCAUCGCCGGCAAGCCUAAAGACUUUACCCAAAACAGACUCUGCUGCCUACCUGUGCGAUCCUUGGUCCUGUGCACAGACAUUCAUCAUAAUCAUCGCUAACUGUGUGGUGCCAACCGAAGCACGCUUCACGCACUGGAGCCAUUUGUCCAGGAUCACGUCUUUUCUUUUUUUUUGUUCAUGCGCGUACUUGUAUGUACUGUUACUGUCCUGAAUGACAGCUAAUAAAAUAUAAUUUU